AUGGCGAACUUGCUUCGCCAGUGCACGACUGCACUUUCCCCUGCAACGCGACUGUGCCAUAGGCCUGCCCUACGGUCACUGAGGCCGUCCUUCUCCAAACGUUCCUUGGUCGCGCCUCAGUCUUCACUAGUUUUCUCCGCCAAUGCGAGCACGGCCUCGACACCCCCACCAGCUGGAGCUACGAGCACGGGAAACCCAGCGACCGUCAAUUCGCUACCCAACACGGCGGCCGAGAUGAACUCCUCUGGUGUUGAAGGGGCAGCGACGGCUCCAGAGCCUGUUCAGCAGCAUACCGAUUGGUCAAAGAGCUACUACGGUCUAUCGACACAGGCCUUUGCCCCGGAGAUUGCAGACGUUCUGCUUGCGCCCAUUGAGCCCCUUGAUAUAGAAGUUAAGCCUGACGGAUUAAUAUAUCUUCCCGAAAUUAAGUAUCGACGCGUUUUGAACAAGGCAUUUGGCCCCGGUGGAUGGGGUCUUGCACCCCGAAGUGAGACCAACGUAGGGCCGAAAAUUGUGAGCAGAGAAUACGCGCUGGUCUGCCAUGGCCGACUUGUUGCAAUUGCGCGAGGUGAACAAGAGUACUUCGACCCUUCAGGCAUCGCUACCGCUACCGAGGCAUGUAAAAGCAACGCGCUCAUGCGGUGCUGCAAAGACCUCGGCGUUGCAAGUGAACUUUGGGAUCCACGAUUCAUUCGCGAAUUCAAGGCCAAGCAAUGCGUAGAAGUCUUCGCAGAACAUCUACCUACCAAAAAGAAGAAGAAACUCUGGCGUCGUAGAGACCAGCCGAAGUUCUCGUACCCCUACCAGGAGUAG